AUGGCAGCUGUGUUAAGAAGUGUUGUCGGUAAUAACUUUGUGGUGCCUACUACAAGGUCGUUACUGUUGAGGUUUCCAGCUUUUGAAGUGAAGUAUCAUCUGGAAACUGUGGGGUCUGGCGGCCAUCAGAGAAACUAUUCAACACCAAGGGCUGCCGUGCAGCAGACCCACAUUUUGGCCAAAUAUGGAGGCAGGCAUACGGUGACACUAAUGACUGGUGAUGGUGUUGGACCUGAGCUUCUGUCACAUGUGCAAGAAAUCUUCAGAUAUGCAGGAGCUCCCAUAGAUUUUGAAGUGGUGGAAAUAAAUUCUUCCACAAACACACCUGAGGACAUGUAUAAUGCAAUUCUUUCUGUUAAGAGAAAUGGUGUGGCUUUGAAAGGGAAUAUUGAAACAAAGUUUGAUGAUCCAUCAUUCAAGUCCAUGAAUGUCGCUUUAAGGACAAAGUUAGAUCUGUUUGCAAGCAUCGUCAAGUGUAAAUCUAUCCCAGGUUUAAAUCUCAGGCAUCAAGAUGUGGACUGUGUGCUGAUUCGGGAGAACACAGAAGGAGAGUAUAGACAGCUGGAGCAUGAGAGUGUCCCAGGUGUCGUGGAGAGCCUGAAGAUCAUCACAGCCAAAAAGAGCAAGAAGAUUGCCCAGUUUGCAUUCAACUAUGCAGUGGAGCAUGGCAGGAAGAAGGUCACAGCUAUUCACAAAGCUAAUAUUAUGAAACUGGGAGAUGGGUUGUUCCUGGAGUGUUGCAGAGAGGUGUCCAAAGAUUAUCCAGAGAUUCAGUUUAAUGACCUGAUCAUUGACAACGCUAGUAUGCAGAUGGUGGCACGUCCGAGUCAGUUUGAUGUUCUGUGCAUGCCGAAUCUCUACGGAAACAUCUUGAGCAACAUCGCUGCUGGUCUUAUUGGCGGUGCUGGUGUUGUGUCGGGGAUGAACAUCGGUGAUAACUAUGCUGUGUUUGAAUCUGGUACUAGGAACUCUGGGAGAUCCAUGAAAGGCAAAAACAUAGCUAACCCUACAGGAAUGCUGUUAGCCAGCUGUGACAUGCUUGACUACUUGGGACAUGGGGCUCAUGCUAAACUGAUUCGAGAGUCUGUGAUGACAGUACUGUCAGAGAAGCAGAUUAGAACACCAGAUAUCGGAGGAAAUGCAUCCACUUUAGAUGUAGUCAAAGCUAUCAUUGAUGAUAUCAAGCCUAAAACACUGGCAUGGAGUCAGAACAGGCAGCAUGAUUCCUAUUUGGAAUGA